AUGUCGAACGCACAGCAUCAUUUUCCAUUUGACACGUCGCGGCUUCCAAAAUCGUUGACCUUCCAGGAGUCUGAGGACGAGGCUCGCUAUCAGAUCAAUGCAAGAAUGGAUGUCUCCUACAUGUUCCAUGCUGCCAUGUCGCUUCUCGAGUUUGCUGCAGAGCUCGAGGCCGUCUCUAUCUGGCAGCCAGCCGACCCUUCAUUGUGCUGGUUUGAUGGACAGAUCGCUGACUUCGCCCAAACUUGCCGAAAUAAGUCUAUCAAGAGCAUUAUGGUGUACCCGAUGAUGCUGCGCUGGAAGAAGCAAGAGCAUUGGAACCUCGUCAAGGAAGUCACUGUCUUCGAUAAGAGUCGCUCAUCGUCCAAACACCAUGAAGAUCUCUACAGAGGCGAUCGCGGUGGCAUACCGCUAGGUCUAGCAAGGUACUGCAAAAUUGCGAUUGUACGCAGCAUGGCCGGCUUGUCUAUCAUGCCUCCUUCUGCAUUGCAGCUCAUGCCCUCAAAAGCUUCGAGAGAGAAGAAACGGGCUCAAGAAGCUGCCGCUAUGGGCCCGCGAGUCACCGUCAACCUGAGGCCUUUCAAUGUCGCAUUCGUCUUCCUCGUCUCACAGCUCGCUGUCCUUCAGUACUUCACUGGCUUCCUCAAUGGCACAAACAUGGUCAACGGCUCAUGGAUCCAGCUCGAAGGGUUCCAUCCAGUCAUCUUCAACUUCUUAGCACAAUGGCUCCUCGACAGCACCGUCUGGCCCCUCAGAGAUUGCUCCGCAUCUGCAUCAGCUUCGAGCAUGCUCGACAUACUCGACAUCACCUUCUCGACACUCAUGGACACCACACACGACGCAAACCCGUACGCAAUGACGGCUGCAAGGAAAUUGGUGCAAGCCUACUACAUGGGUCUUCGAAUCGGCGCAUACCACUUCAUGGACGCAAUAAUGAACGUCAUCAUCCGCAACGUCUUCCAGGUCUGCAUGCGAGCUGGAUCCGGCAAUAACGGCUUCAGGAAACUCUUCGUCGACGCAUACAUCUGGGUAAGCCGCAUGAACGGCGGCCAGGUGCCCCGCCUAUCCGACUACAUGGCGGAAUUCCAAGCAGAUGUCAAUGCCACGCUCCGAAACUUGCAAACCGGCAAGUACACCUUCGACGCCACCAACCCCGCCAACCCUCGCAACCGCGAGAUGAUGGACGUGGAGAUCAACUUUGCGGCACUUGAGAAUUGCCUUUGCCAUGGCAAUCAAGGAACUCUCAAGUGCCGCUACCACGUCCAUCCAGCAACUGAUCCAUGCUGGAAUCUCAUCGUCGACACCACCCCUGUCGUCCUCCCCGCGCCGCGCCCAACUGGUGCUCGCCGCCGCCACUGA